AUGAUUUCCAAUCGCAGCCGCCUCCAGCUUCCCCACCUCCACCGCCAGAUCGGCCCGACUCCCACGCCCCGCGAUCUUCACCGUCGCCGCCGCUCAACCCUCCCCAUCCUGCCAGCCCUGCGCUCCCACUGUCAGGCGCCCAAACCACGAGCCAAGACACUCUUGGCGCGCGCGCUGAGGCUCGCGUCGUCAAACGUCCCACAACACCAUCAAAUCCCCCGCACUUCCUGGACCCCCCAUCGCCAAAUCCCCCGCACUUCCCCACCCCCAAGCCCACCCAAGCCCCCUCGAAGCAGCACCCCGAAGCUCAACAAUGCGGGGAACCCCCUUCGCGAAGGUCGCGCGCGGCCCCGGAUCCGCCUGCGUCCAGAAUGCGUGGGCGUCUCUGAAGAGGGGCCGAGAGCCUGCGAGAGCUGGCGAGCCCCAGGCGGGCCAUCCGAGUUUUCGGAGCACGACGGGCGACUGGGGCGAUGUGCGGGGUCGGCUCGGGUGGGCUUGGGCUGGCUCGGCGGGCGUCAGGGGGGGGGGGAGGAGUGGAAUGCGCGGGGUGCCGUCGUUGCCCGACGACAAGGACGACGAAGACGCGCGGUAGAGGUCUCACCUACAGCCAAGGUAAUCGCGCCCGACGUUCGCCAAGAACGAGCGGCGAGCCAUAUGUUCGUGCGCCGAUCGUCCUUCGACUUGGGGCUGCUUGGGGGCUUGGCUGCGAUCUCGCCAAGACCAGAUGCAGGGGCUGACCUCGAUGAGUGGUUGCGCGUAGAAAGUUCCAAAGAAGACCAGCCCAGACCGUACUAUCAACGCCCCCUCUCCUGCGGCAAUUAUCGCACAGCGGUCGACCCGAUCCUGUUCUUCACCAAAUAUCUCGGGAGGAACCCCACGGCUUUCACCUUUGACGACGCUCCUCUCAACGCGGAGGACCUCCUGGCCCCGCAGCAAUCUUCUCUGCGACGCACCCUACGCGCACCCAUCCCCAAUCCUCCUGGUCGCUCGUCGACUGGAAGGCAACUCACGCAGCCCCUCGGGCCUCAAAUGAGUCACGCGUCUGUCUCUCACAGACUCUCCUUCACUGGCUGA